AUGGCUCCUUCAGCUACUGUCAAGAGGCCAGCUCAAUAUAAGCAAUCAUCUCGUAAGGGAAAGAAAGCAUGGAGAAAGAACAUUGAUCUGACCGAUAUUGAACAGAGUAUUGAGACUAAGAAAGAGCAUGAAAUAACUCAUGGUACUUCGGAUAUAGGAUCUUUGAAGGAUGAUGCACUUUUCCAGGUUGAUGAAGCUGGUGAUAAGACGUUGAAAAGUAAACUGAUUAAGAGAAAGCAGAUAAAGAAGAAUUUGAAGAGUAAAGAAAUUUUAGAUGCAGUGAAGACAAACUCCAAGGUUGGAGCUAUUAAACAUCUGAAACAUAACGAGAAAAACAAGGGCAAGAUUCAGACUGUUUCGAAAAAGGAAUUGAAGAAGCUGAUGGCUUUAGCUGGUAAGAUCGAUGGUGAGUCGAAAAUUAAGAAUCAUGUGGCUAGAGAUGGUUUGAUUAAAUCGGAUUCUCGUGAUCUGUGGGGCGUUGAGAAAGUGACAAAGGUUGUCACUCCAGCAGGCAUUUCAAUAGACGUCAAUGAAAAAGUUGAAAUUCCAGAGACUUUAUUGAAAAACUCCACCACCGGAUGGUCGAUCGCAUCUGUCAAGCCAAAGACUCUUGAUAAUGCUCCAAUUCAAGUGAGAGAAUAUGAAGAAAUUCCACACGCAGGUAAGUCUUAUAAUCCACACAAGGCAGAUUGGUCCAAUUUAAUUGAAAAGGAGUACAGUUUAGAAAAGGUCAGAGAAGCCAACAGAAUUGCGAUACAGGAAUACAGACAAAGGAUUCAAAAAUUGAUGGAUGUUUUGGAUGACAGUGAAGAAGAAGUAUCAUCUGAUGAGGACGAGGAGAAUGAAGGUGAAGAAAACGAAGACAAAACUAUCAGUGAUAGGUUAUCAAUCAAUGAAGUGGUCAAGAACAAGAAAAAAACAAAACGUCAAAGAAACAGAGCCAAGGUACACGAAGAAAAGAUUAAACUACAACAAGAAGUAAAGAAGCUCAAAGCAAUGGUGCGUGAUCUAGAAAAUCUGGAAGAAACUGAGAGAUUAGUGCAACAAGAAAAUGAACAAAAGCAGAGUGGACAAAGUGUCGAAAAGAAGAACAAGGUAAAUAAGAAGCACAAGCUGGGGACCAAAUAUUCCGCCCGUGAGGAUAACUUGGAAGUUAAAUUCUCUGAUGAACUAUCAGAUUCUUUGAGAAAACUGAGACCAGAGGGCAAUUUGUUGUACGAUCAAGUGAGGAAGCUGCAAAGUUCUGGUAAAAUGGAAUCUCGUGUGCCAGUAAAGAAAUCUAGAAGAUACAAGCAAAAGAUUUCUGAGAAAUGGACUCAUAAGGAUUUUAAAUGA